CAUGCGGUGGUCCUUAGGCAAUUGGUUCCCAACACAAGUCAACCUUUGUCUCGCGGUAGUCUUGGACUUGAGGUUGCUCCACCUUCACCAUGACGUGGAUGUUACUGUAUCUCGACUCAGAUGAUUUUCCUGCGUAACAGGCUGGCCAAGAGCAACCGGCAAGAUACAGGCGGAAUUGCACAUCAACCCACCACCCCCACCCCCCAGUCUGCCUCUAAGCCGUCCCUGGGUCUUUAUCGUUUGCACCAUGUACCCGAUGCCUUGGAGCGGGGGGGAUCACAAUCCUGGUUUCUAUGACAGCAGUCCGGUUUUGCGGAGGAACGCCGCUUGUUACCCCAGUCCCGGAACUGCUGCAGCACAGGUCCCCAGGCCGCUCCCCCGGCCAAACGUCCUGUUCGAAGACUUGCAGUUCCCUGCGGCCACCUCCUCGCUCCAUGGCCCAGCAGGGGCCUCGCAGUUCAACUUUUCCAUUACACGGUGGAUGAGGCCACGGGAAAUUUGUGCCAAUCCUCAGUUCAUUGUUGAUGGAACCACCAGAACAGAUAUCUGCCAGGGAGCCUUGGGUGACUGCUGGUUCCUGUCUGUCAUCGCCUGCCUCAGUCUCAACAAGCAUGUGAUGGAACAGGUCAUACCCCCUGACCAGGGAUUUGGGGAAGGUUACACAGGGCGUUUUCGCUUUAAGUUCUGGCAGUACGGGCAGUGGGUUGAGAUAGUGGUGGAUGAUCGGCUGCCCACCAUUAACAAUAAGUUGGCAUUCCUUUACUCCAAAGACAACAAUGAGUUCUGGAGCCCACUCCUGGAGAAAGCCUAUGCCAAGCUGAAGGGCUGCUAUGAGUCUCUCUACAUUGGUUACCCAUUAGAGGCGAUGGUCGAUCUCACUGGGGGAGCCCCUGAAUCAUUUCAGAUCAAUGAGAUGCCAAAGGAUCUUUGGAAAUUCUUGAGAAAGCUCCUAGAGAAAGGCUCGAUAAUUUGCUGUGCCAAACCGGGUCCAGUGGGUGUAUUAAAUGAAUGCGGCAUUGUAACCGGGCAUGCAUACUCAGUGACUGGUGUGGACCAGAUUCAACUCAAGGCAAGCAGAGUGGAGUUGGUGCGAGUUCGCAAUCCGUGGGGGAGAGUGGAGUGGAACGGGGCUUGGAGUGACAGGUCUGCAGAGUGGAGCCAAGUCACUGACAAAAGCUGUGCUCAGAUGGGGGACCUGGAAGAUGGAGAGUUUUGGAUGUCCAUUGAGGACUUCAAGAAAAUUUUUGACAAUGUGGAGAUUUGCCACCUGAGUCUGGAUCAACUGUCCAACCCGGAUGGGAAGCUGAAACCCUGGGUACAGAUGGUGUAUGAGGGACGUUGGAUUCGGGGCUUCUCGGCCGGUGGCAACUUGCAUUACAAAGAUAAGUACUACUGGAUGAACCCACAGUUUAAACUCACCCUGUUUGAAGAAGAUGAUGAUCCUGAAGACCCUGAGGUGACCUGCACAUUCCUCGUGGUCUUGAUGCAGAAACAUAGGCGGCGGAUGAGGCUUAUGGGAGUCAACUUCCUGUAUGUGGGGUUUGACAUCUUUAAGGGAGACCCGACCAAAACUUACUUGACACACGAGGAUUUGCAGAAAGCAACGCCCGUGCUGUCUAUAAAGGAGCACAAAAACAGCACUGAGGUCAUGAUGCGAGGCCGUCUCCCACCAGGCCACUAUAUCAUCAUCCCUUCAACCGCCAAUCCCAAUGAAGAGGGAGAAUUCCUUCUGCGAGUCUUCACUGAGAAGGGUAACUCCGCAGCGCCUGCAGAGAGGAACACUUCAUCCACUGAGAUUCCUCAGGUUUUACCAGCCCUCAAACCCUGUCCACUUCCCUCUGCUGCAGAAUCCAAGGAAUUAUUUGACAAGUUCUGUGGAUCGGAUGAAGCUAUUUCAGCGUUGGAGCUCCAGAAACUACUGGCAGAAAUCCUGCAGAAAGCCGGUCUUAAUGAGAAGUGGGAUGAGUUUGGCCUGGAUGCCUGCAAGAGCCUCAUUUCCCUGACAGACAGAUGUGGAUUUGGGAAAAUGCGAUUCACGGAAUUCAGUAAUCUCUGGGGUAAAAUCUGCCAAUGGACGCGAGUCUUCAGUCAGUUUGAUAAGAAUGGAUCAGGGACCAUGGAUAGUCAAGAAAUGUUCAGUGCCUUGCAAGCAGCAGGUUUCCAGGUAGAUGAGUUCUUGAUGCAGUUGAUUGGGUUGCGAUACACAGACCCUGAUCUGACCUUCAGUUACGUGAAUUUUAUUUGCUGUCUGACAAGGCUGGACACGAUGAUCCGAGCGUUCAAAAUUAUGGACAAGUUUGGAACAGGAGUGAUUAAUAUCAACUAUAAAGAGUGGCUCCAGAUGACUAUGUACAGCUAGGAUUCUAUGACCCGUCCAGUCAAUCAACUGGAAAAGGAGGUCCCGCACAAGAAGGUUCGAGAAGCAUUGGGUCCCUGAAGCCUGGUUGCAAGCAGGGUUAUACAACCCAUUCAAUCUUGCACACCCUUGCAUACCCAUUGAGUAGAUAGCAGAUCCUUAUAGAUUUCCUGGGGUGUUACCAUAGUCAGCUCAUGAGACACGGUUACCGCAGGGAUAUUCCAGCAUCCUGAGGUAGUUCUCCAAGUCAUUUACUCACCUUUUUCCUAUAUCAAUGCCUCAUUCCUUUAAACAUUUUCUUGCUGCUUUUAUAAGUCAAGCUUGGUGUCAGUUGAUCUAAUUUUGUAGAGGCUCUGGCUCAACAACAACUUGCAUUUAUAUAGAGCCUUUAACAUAGCAAAAUAUCCUAAGGUGCUUCACAAAAGUGUUGUCAAAUACAAUUUAACACAGCCAUAUAUGAGGAUAUAUAUAUGAGGACAGCUGGUCAAAAACUUGAUCAAAGAGGUAGAUUUUAUGGGGCGUCUUAAAGGAGGAAAUAGAGAAGGGUGGAGAGGUUUAGGCAGGGAACUCCAGAGCCUAGACAGCUGAAGCCACGGCUGGCAAUGGUGGAGUGAUUAAAAUUGGGGAUAUUCAGGAGGCCAGAAUUAGAUGAACACAGAUAUCUCAGAGGGUUAUGAGGUUGGAGAAGGUUACAGCGAUAGGCAACGGAGAGGCCAUAGAUGGAUUUGGAAACAAGGAUGAGAAUUUUAAAAUCAAGACGUUGCUUCACCAGGAGCCAAUGUAAGUCAGUGAGCACACAGCCGAUAGGUGAACCGGACUUGGUGUAAAUUAAGACAUAGCAAGUAGCACUCUCUCGUCUAAAUUUGAAAGUUGUGAAUUCAAGUACCACUCCAGAGACUUGAGCAAAAUGACCAGACUGACAUUUGUAGUGCAGUCCUGAGGGAGUGCUGUAAUGUUGGAAGUGUUGUCUUUCAGAUGAGAUGUUAAUAAGACACCUGUCUGCCCUCUCGGAUAGAUGCAAAAGAUCCCAUUAUUCCAAAGAGUAGGGAAGUGCUUCCUGGUAUCCUCAUCAAUAUUUAUCCCUCAAUUUACAUCACUAACUGAAAAACAAAUGAUCUCGUCAUUCUCACGUUGCUUGUGCGCAAAUUGCCUGUUUCAUUUUCUAAAUAAUAACAGUGACUGCACUUCAGAAAGUACUUCACUGGCUGCAAAGUGCUUUUGGAACAUCUUGAGGUUGUGAAAGGCACUACAUAAACGCAAGUCUUUCUUACUUUUACCUUACUUUUCUCCAACUGUUUUCAGCUUUAGAAAUGUACUGCAUUGGGUUUAGCUGUUUACUUCAGUCUCUUGGUCAACGAAUGCACCAAUAGGGAGAUAGUGGUAAUGUCACUGGACUACUAAUCCAGAGGCUCAGGUAAUGCUCUGGGGACAUGGGUCCAAAUCCCCCCAUAAGUUUAAUUAAUAAAUGUGCAAUUGAAAGCUAGUCUCAGUAAUGGUGA